CCUCAGUGCGGUUUUAUUCCGAUUUGGAUGCACAACCACCGGUUUUCCCCUCACAUUCCCCUCACGGGUCACUCCCCACAGGUGCUGCUCCGUGUGAUGGCAGCGCUGGGGCCUUCCCUCCGCUCCCGGCUGACAGGACCUCUCAGGAGGGCACCCUGCCGCACCUCCACCACACGGCCCCGCCACUCUGCGGCUCCCACACCCGGUCCGUAACGGGGAAGCCGGUAACUCCCCUCCUCCCCGCUCCACCCGCCACACUCAAGAUGGCGCCGCGCCACACUCAAGAUGGCGCCGGCGGCGGGCGGGGUGAGGGCGGUGCGCUUGGGGCUCGGGGGUGGGGGGGGUGUCGCGCACUCAAGAUGGCUCCCGGCGCGGCGGAGAGGGAGAUGGCGGCCGGGGCGCAGGCGCGGCGCGGCGCGUCACGCGGCGCGGCGUGACGUGCGGUGCGUGCGCGGCGCGCGGUGACGGAGCGGGUCGGCCGCGUCCCUUUGUUGGUGGCGGCUGAGGCGCGGCGGGGCCGGGGCCAGCGGGGGGGGCGGCGGCGGGGCGGGGGGCGCCGCGCGAGCCGCCGCCGUUACUUCACCGCCUCGCCAUGGACUCGGACGAGGGUUACAACUACGAGUUCGACGAGGACGAGGAGUGCAGCGAGGACAGCGGCGCGGAGGAGGACGAGGAGGACGACGAGGAGGACGAGCCCGACGAUAACCUGGACCUGGGCGAGGUGGAGCUGGUGGAGCCCGGGCUGCGCGUCGGCGGAGAGCGCGACGGGUUGUUAGGCGGUGAAACAGGAGGGCUGGGCCCCGGCGGCGGCGGCGGCGGUGGAGGCGGCCUGGGCGGCGGGCCGGGCCCCGGCGGCGGCGGCGGCCCCGAGCAGGAGGAGGAUUAUCGCUACGAGGUGCUGACGGCCGAACAGAUCCUGCAGCACAUGGUGGAGUGCAUCCGCGAGGUCAACGAGGUCAUCCAGAAUCCAGCGACUAUCACCCGAAUCCUGCUUAGCCAUUUCAACUGGGACAAAGAGAAACUGAUGGAGAGGUACUUCGAUGGCAACUUGGAGAAGCUCUUUGCAGAGUGUCAUGUAAUUAAUCCAAGUAAAAAGUCUCGAACACGCCAGAUGAACACCAGGUCAUCAGCCCAGGAUAUGCCUUGUCAGAUCUGCUACCUGAAUUACCCCAACUCGUACUUCACUGGCCUAGAGUGUGGACACAAGUUCUGUAUGCAGUGCUGGAGUGAAUAUUUAACUACCAAAAUAAUGGAGGAAGGCAUGGGACAGACCAUUUCAUGCCCUGCUCAUGGCUGUGAUAUCUUAGUUGAUGACAAUACAGUUAUGCGUCUGAUCACAGAUUCCAAGGUUAAAUUAAAGUACCAGCAUUUAAUAACCAAUAGUUUUGUAGAGUGUAAUCGACUGUUAAAAUGGUGUCCUGCCCCAGAUUGCCACCACGUUGUUAAAGUCCAAUAUCCUGAUGCUAAACCUGUUCGCUGCAAAUGUGGACGUCAGUUUUGCUUUAACUGCGGUGAAAACUGGCAUGAUCCUGUUAAAUGCAAGUGGUUAAAGAAAUGGAUCAAGAAGUGUGACGAUGACAGUGAAACUUCCAAUUGGAUUGCAGCAAACACAAAGGAAUGCCCGAAAUGCCACGUCACCAUUGAGAAGGACGGGGGCUGCAACCACAUGGUGUGUCGGAACCAGAACUGCAAAGCAGAGUUCUGCUGGGUGUGUCUGGGCCCCUGGGAGCCCCACGGAUCUGCCUGGUACAACUGUAAUCGCUACAAUGAGGAUGAUGCAAAGGCAGCAAGGGAUGCACAGGAGGAAUUAACACAGCGAUCCAGAGCAGCCCUGCAGAGGUACCUGUUCUACUGCAACCGCUACAUGAACCACAUGCAGAGCCUGCGCUUUGAGCACAAGCUCUAUGCUCAGGUGAAGCAGAAGAUGGAGGAGAUGCAGCAGCACAACAUGUCGUGGAUUGAGGUGCAGUUUCUGAAGAAAGCAGUCGACGUCCUCUGCCAGUGUCGUGCCACACUCAUGUACACUUACGUCUUUGCCUUCUACCUCAAAAAGAAUAAUCAGUCCAUUAUCUUUGAGAAUAACCAAGCAGACUUAGAGAAUGCUACAGAAGUGCUUUCUGGGUACCUUGAGCGAGAUAUAUCCCAAGAUUCGCUGCAAGACAUAAAGCAGAAAGUGCAGGAUAAGUACAGAUACUGCGAGAGCCGACGAAGGGUUUUGUUGCAGCAUGUGCAUGAAGGCUACGAGAAGGACCUGUGGGAAUACAUCGAGGACUGAGCCUGGCCCUGCAUAAAAUGAACUCUGAAACCUUUCCCAUCUCUAGAGUGCUCAUGCAAUUCCAAUAAACACACACAAGGCGCUCCGCCUAUUACCACCGCUGGUCUGUAGUACUGGGAUUCUGUUUUGUUAACAGAACAUUUAAGUAAAUUAUAUUGUAAUAAAAAACAAAGGUAGAUAACCCAUUGUACAACAGUAUUCUAGGCGGCCAACAUGCGUGUGACAGACGCACUAAAAAGAAAAACCCUCCAACUUUAACUUGUAACGUAGCUUCAUUCUCCAAGCCGACUCCUUUUUUCUUUUCUAUAUUUCUUUUCCUGUGUGUAGUACAGAUGAAAUUUAAACCAGUUUCUUGACACUGCUUUUCAUGUCCAAACCAGCCAUUUUGAUGUACUUUGGUAAGGGGGGGAAGGCUCUCCUACCCCCCUCCUCCUCCUCUCUGCCACCCAAGUACAUGAAUGAAUGUGGAUUUGGCUCGUUGUAAAGGUGAUUCUUGGGGAGGGGAGGAAGGGGGGUACACAGCAAGGAAGAAAAAAAACCAACAAAAAAAACCUUUGUAUAUGACUUUUAAAACAAAAAGAGGACAACACAGUAUUUUUCAAAGUUGUAUAUAGCGCAUAUGCAUGGACAAAGAGCAAGCGUGGCACGUGUUUGCAUAAUGUUUAAUUACAAAAAAAUAUUUAUUCUUUAAAAAUCUUCAAGAUUAUGUCUAUUUGCUGUGCAGUUUCUUUCAGUUUGGUUCGGUUUGGUUUGCCCUGGGCUGGGGGGGGGGAAGCGUGUGCUGGUGUAGUGAAUAUACAGUUUAGUUCAUUUCUUUCCGGAAGGCUUUUCCCAGAGCAGUAGCUUCUCCUCUUCCUUCUGUGUGUGCUUCCACCCGCUGCUGGCGCCGGCCCUGUCCCCUCGCACAGCUCCUGGCGCUCGGUGACCCGUGUGCAUCGCGGGAGCGACCCACGAGCGUUCCGGUUCAGGAUGAGUUUUGCCUUUUAAUCUGUUUUGUUUUGGCCCUGGAUCAAUACCUGCCCCGAUCCAGCUCUGCUGUUCCCACCCGUGCACGCAGGACACGUGCUCUGACCCCAGAGGAGGGGUGUGUGUGGAUUUAGAGUUCUAAUUCCAAGGCAGGAAAAGGAAGGGGUGUUUCUGCACCGCUUCUCACAAGACUUAAUGGACAGAUUUCGGCUGUGGAUCUCCUCUCUCUCCCCCUCUCAUCUGUCAAACGGACCCUUCCUUGCUCUUUGAGUUUCACUUACAUUAUAACGAGUCGUAACGUUGAAAAGGAAAGAUGAUUGAAUUGUCUUUGUGUUUGUUUUGGGCUCAGUUACUGGGCAUCCUGUCCUGGCAAAUAUUUAACACUCCAUCUAGUGCAGUAGAAGUUGAAAUCAG